AUGUUUGAUAAUGAAACCAUCCUUGGUAAAAUCCUAAAUGGUACGAACAUAGAAGACAUUUUGAAUAAUAAAAGUCUUAGGAUUCAUAUUGGUAUUAAGAAUGCUGAUAAAUUUCACAAUCAUAUGGAAAUAAGAUUUAAGGUUACCAGUAAAGAUUAUAGUGUUAUGGAUAAAAAUAGCGAAUGGAAAACUAUCCAAUUUUAUAAUAUUCAGAAUACAUGUUAUAAUAUUCAGAAUACAUGUUAUAUCAAUGAUUUGGAUAAAGAUUUGGAUGAUCUGAUCCUAUUUAUCAAAGUUAAAGAUAAAGUUGCAAAGUACGAUUUAAAAGGAAUAAAAUUUGGUAUGUCAGUACAAACUCAUGAACUUUUAGAAGGAAUUAUUUUGACUUUGGCUAUUGUUGAUGGCGAUGAUGAAAGCCCAGGUUUUAAAUCCAUUUAUGGAAGCACAUUCGACGAUAUUAUUAUAGAUG